AGUCCUGCAUUUUGAUACUUAAUAAAUGGAGAAUAGGAGGCCUAGAUACCAUUUGGCUGGCUUAGUCAAAGAAAUAAAACAAACAUUCCCACUCUGUCGAUAAAAGCAAGAAACUUCCAUAUGUUUCAAUUCUAGCAGAAAUUGAGAAGGAACAAGGAUGAACAAACAAGCAAUAAGACUCUUUCAGCAGUUCCCUUUCUGUUUGACAGGUUCAUCAAGGCCUACAUAUAUAUAUGAAGGCACAUACGCCCCCAAAACAACACCACCAAAGCUUCUAAAAAAGACUUACUAUAGCCUACAAAUCUUAACAUCCUUUUAGAAAACAAAAGAACUUACAGAAAGAGAACUAUGGCUAGGAAGAGAAAGAUGGAUGACUGUGUGCAGGAGAAAAAUUCUAGUGAGAACAACAUGGCUUGGGAUGAGAUGGUGAAGGAAGUCGCCACAGCAGCAGCAGUGGGAGGAGCCCGGGGAGCUAGAAAGAGAUACGUUGGUGUCCGACAGAGGCCAUCAGGGAGGUGGGUAGCUGAGAUCAAAGACACCAUACAGAAGAUAAGGGUGUGGUUAGGCACAUUUGAUACUGCAGAGGAAGCAGCCAGAGCUUAUGAUGAGGCUGCUUGCUUGCUUCGCGGUGCCAACACUCGGACAAAUUUCUGGCCUUGCUCUCCGUCCUCUUCUUCAACUCCAGCUCUUCCCUCGAAGAUCACAAACUUGCUUCUCCAAAGGCUCAAAGCAAGAAACAAUUCUUGCGCUGCUUCUUCACCUACUUCUCCACCAAUCAACCGGCUAGAAGAGCAACAAGCAAAGGAGUUCAAAGAAGAAGAAGAAGAAACAGAUUUUUCAAAUAUCCACUUCACAGAUUUCCUCAAUGAUCCUGAUGACUAUAUUUUGCGCAACGAUAACGUUGGCAACAUCAGUGCAAGUCGUAUUGACUACAUGACAAGUAAUCUUGAGUCAUGUUUGACCGAGAAAGAAGAUGGUGGGAGUAAAGAAAUGGAUAUGGAUUGUUGCUGGAAUGAUGUGGCACAGACUUCUAGUGGUGAUGGUAACUUUGGAGGAGAAGGAGAAGAAGAAGAAGGAACCGAUAUGGGGGCGUUGGAUUUUAACUUUGUGGACAAUGUUGAAUCAUCUUUUUACUACUCUCCCUUUGAGAUUGCAGAGGAGAUUGAGGAACAGGUGGAGCCUGAAUACUGCGGUGAUGAACCUUCAAUGCUCAGGGCUGCCAUGAAGAGGAUGAAGUAUGAAAGAAAAUUCUCGGCCUCUCUCUAUGCUUUCAACGGGAUACCUGAGUGCUUGAAAUUGAGAGUUGCAGCACAAAAUGUGAAGGGGAGAGCAAGGUCUGAUCACUUAACCAAACUUCAAAACGCAUGUGAUAAGAAUAACGAGGAUGAGGAGAAGAAUGCAAAUGAAGAUGAUACAGAAGUGAUGAGGAAACAGGAGGAAAAACAAGAGAGUUCAGAGGAUAUGGGGUCAUCUUCUUCCUUGAGCAACGACACUGAAUUUUCACUCUGGAGCUCUCUGGAUCUUCCUCCCAUUUGCCUUGUUAACUGACUUAUAUACUGUUCCCACAUUUCUUGGCAUUCCAUGUUAUAGUUUGUCAGCAAAUUUUUUACGAUUUCAGGCAGUGCUAGUUCUGAGAUAUAACUCAAGAGGAAGAAAUGAGAUGCAGUAAUGGUUGGGUUUUUCUAGCUAGCAUAUUAUGAACCACUCAAAGUUUAAUUGUUUCUGUGCAAUUUUGAGGAGUGAAUACGAUGCAUUUGUUGGAUCA